AUGAAGAAUUCCAAAAUUUAAACUCACUUUAAAAUAAAAUUUCUACUAAAAAAAAGAGCAUAUAGAAAUGAUCAAUUUAAUUUAAGUUAAAACAAAAGAGGCUAAUAAACCAAAAUAUAUAACCUUUAAUACAAAUAACUUAUAAAAAAUGAAGGAUAUAUAAUCUAAAAGAGGUAUCUCUAAAGUCUAAUUAUAGAAUAUUAUUAAUAGUAGUGUUAGACAACUUAAAAGAAAGAAAGAAAAAAGUACAUUGAAGAAUCUCUAAAAAAAAGGCUGAAUUAAUUAAUUAAUGUAAGCCAAUAAAAUAAAAUUAAAAUUUAAUAUAAAAUAAGACAAAACUAUUUUAUAAUAAUUGAAUAAGGUAGAUGA